CAAAGACAAGCACUAAGUAAAUUUUUUAAAACAUAAAUCAAGCAUCAGGCACCUGCCAAGUUCGAUUGCUUCCAGAUUUUAAAGCAGUUAUAUGAAAUUCAUAUCAAAAUAUUUGCAAACCAGACUAAAGAUUGUUUACUGGAAACAAAAUGGAAGACAGACAUUCCCGGUGGGACAGUUCUUUAAUAUGACAUUUAAAUUCACCAAGUUGCUCAUUAAAUGCAUCAAGAUAUAUUUAAAGUAAAGAUUUAAAGUAACUUGAAGGAGAUAAUGGAUGAAGAGGAACCAGCUGAAGGUCUUAAUGACCUGAGAAAGAAAAGACUAGCAUACUUUGAGACACUUAACCAGACUGAAAAGGAAUGUGAGCAAUUAUUUGAUUCUGAUAGGAGAAAAUUUGAUGUCUCUAGAAGAAAGAAUGGUGAUCUACUUGAAGCUGUUCUAUCUGACAAGCAACAUAAAGCUGAUGAUAUAAGUUACUAUAAAAACAGAGCUGAUAAAACUGAACAUGGAACAGAAAAUGUAAGUGACAAAGUUGGUAGUAGUAUCAUUAAUGAUUCUGAGAUGAGAUUUGAAAAGGAAGAGACAAGUUUCAUUGCUGGUCAUAUAAACACAGAAUUGCAAGACCUUUCAUUGAAUGGCUUUAGAGAAAAACAAACAGUUGAUACUGUUCAGGUAGUUAAAACAAAAUCAGAUUCAAAAGCUGUGAAAGAUAAAGAACAUAAAACUGAUCUGCAUCAUUUAAAGACUUCUUCAUUUUAUUUUUCUAAUCCUGAACAUGAACAAGCUGAAGUAAAACACGAAACAGAUAAGAAUUCAGAUGGUUUAGAUGCUUAUAAUGAAACUGUUGAAAGACUGAUAAGGGCUACUAAGGAAGAAAUUUUAGGAAUCAAAGUCAGUGAUGAUAUCUGGACAAAUUUUCGUAAAAAGAAAGGUGAUACUACUAAAGAUAUAGUGCAUGAUAAGACAAAUGAAAUGUCAGACAGGACUAAAAUGCAAUCAGAUGUUACUGCUCAAAUUGACUGGAAUAAUGCUUCAACUAAAAAGACACCAAGAGACUUCAGAAGGUCUUUUUCUGAGACAGGUUGCAAUGAAAAUGCUCAGAAAGACCAUAAUGAUAAUAUGAUGAAAGGAUAUGAGCAUAAUAGAAAGAGCAAUAUUAUGCAUAGGGAACAUAGGUCUUCAUUUAGCAACUCAUAUGACUCUAGACCAAUCUUUAGCCAUAGCGAACCUGCUCAGAAAUUCCAUCAUGAUCCAGGGGAAAAUCAAACUCGUAAAAGUUCCAAUUCUUCAAAAAUAGAAGAAAUAUUCAGUUCAAGACAAAUCAUGCAUUCUCAAAUACCAAACAGUGCAUUUACCCAAGAGUCUCGAGAAUUUGAAACAAUUAAGCAAGUCACUAGUAACUCUGUGAAUCAGUCUUGUGAUUUUAGUGACCUUGGUCUGUCAACGCAUAGACCAGAAUCAGAGAGAACAGAUAAAGCUAAGGUUGAAGCUGAUGAUAUCAACCUCGGAGAUACUGUUACAAAAGAACUGAGAACACUCUUAGGAGAGGAAAAGUUUAACCAGUUUCUCAUGAAAGCAAAAAGAGACAUUGAUGACUUGCAUCAAGAUAGGUCCAACGAAAAUUCAGCCAGGAAAGAUAAAACACCAAGGCUUGUGAAAGAUAAACCAGUAAAGCCUAGUAAACAUGCAGUGUCUAGUGAGCUCAAAGCAGACCAGCCAAAAUCAAUUCUGAAAAAUAAAGAUAGUGUUGUUCAAAAGACAGAUAUAGGCACUAAGGAUCAAGCAAGAAAACAAAGAAGCUUGUCUGAAUCUAAGGAAGUACAUAGUAGUACAUUUAUCCAUGAUUCCAAUGAUUUUACUCCUAGGCGGACAGAUGCUGAGGCUGUUGAAAAUUUAAUUGGAGAGUUUGUACUGGCCAAAGAUAUUUCUGACACAAGUAAGAGGUUAACUUCAAAUCCAGCAUACAAGAAGAAAACGGCUGAAGAGAAGACUACUGAAGUUGAGGAAAAUGUUAAGAAUACCGUUCCUGCAUUGAAUCUUGAAGAUAUCAAUAAAUCUGAAUCACCGAGACCAAAGUUGAACAGGCCGAAGCAUGAACCGCCAACAAUUUACCAAGAAAGGUCUGAAAAGGAUGUAGAGCAGCAUGAAAAAAAAUUGGAUAGAGAUGUAAAACCUAACACAAGUAAAAAUUAUGAACAGGUUACUGUCCCACGGAAUGUGGCAUUUUCAGCCAAUGAAAUUUAUAACCAAGCAUACGGAGCAUUUUAUCCUGGUCAGGCACCUUUAGUGAGCCCCAAUUUCCAUGGGGGAUCUGUCAUACACCCUCAGUAUAGUUCCCCACCUGGCACAGCUUACAAUGGUCCAUUAACUCCAAGCACGCCAGUCAUACCAAGUCAUGUAAUUCAGACUGUACACCCAGAUCAGUUUCCCAGUCAGGGAGGACAUACAAAUUACUCGGAAGAAUUCAACAGUUUCAAGAACUUUUCACAUCAGGCAUACGGUAGUGACAGACCUCAGAUACCCCACCCACCCGGUCAGCAAGGGCUUCCAAUGAAUGUGCCACACAAUUCGGUAUAUGCUAGUACUCCAGACUUCAGAAGUUUUGCACCUACAAAUGUUCAGAGGUUUGCUGCACCCGUCCUGUCUUCAGAACAGCCUUUCCAUGUACCCCAUCCACCACAAACAUCUAUGCCAUUGAGCCAGAGUUUUAAUCAAACAAAUGUCCCAGUGCCUUCUUCAAAUUCACAAGGUAUCCCAUUUAACUAUCCGUAUCAGUACCCAGUGGGCAUAGACCAGAACAUGGCAGCUAUAGUCUCUGGACCAAAGGUAUUUCCUCCUUAUCUACCAGUAGGCAUUGGGAGCCAAGUUUUCACACCUCACCCUCCAACCAGUUUGGGAGCCCAGAUAUACCAACCAGGCUAUGUGGCACCACCUUCAACCUCAAAAGCAAAAGAUGUUAGACAGGAUAUGUCACAACAGCCACCUCCAACACCAACAACAUCUAAUGUAGAAGUUCAAACUGACAGGGAAGAAAUUACAGCCAAUGAAAAAGAAACUGUAGUUGAGGAGUCAACAUUUACAUCAGUGAGUCAGAUUGUGGACGAGGAAAAGUUCAUACCCCACCCACCUGCAAAAAGGAAAGAAGGAGGGCCAUCUCCCAGGCGUCCUCACCAUGCGAAAGAUCUGGCAGCAAAGAACACACAAAAUUCAAAACGACAUAUAGAUGGUAUAAGGCAACACCAUGAACAAAGAAGACAGCAGUAUGAGGAUGAGAAGCUUUCAGAAGAUCAGAUUAUAGAACGACAGAAAAAGUUUGCCAAGGCGUCGCUCGAUAGGUAUUUCUCAUCUUUGGAAAAUAUCUACUCCUCUUCCUCAAAAUUAGGAACCUCAGGCAUUAAUUCUGAUACAAAUUUGUCAGUGGUUGAGGAUGAAGAGCAUGUGGAAGUAUCAAAUGAGAGAGAAAAUGAACUAGGAGAACAAACUGUCAUUGAUGACGUAAUGAGUAAUGUUCCAGUAAAUGCUGAAAUUAAGAUUCAUGAGAAUGAAAUACAUGAAGAAAAUGUUAAAACGGGUGAUGAAUUCAGACCAGUGGUUCAUGGGUUUGUGGACUUUUCUGAGAAAGAAGAGGUUAAAACCACAGAAAAUAUUUCUAAUAUCAAACAGUUUGAAAUGGAUAACCAUGUUGAUGUGUUUGAAAAAGGCAGAAAAGAAUUUGAUAGUGACACUUUAGUGAGUAGUAUGGCUAAUACUGAUGCAACACUUAAUGCUGGUGGUGUUACUGAGCGUCUAAAUGAACUUGGUAUAGAUGUUUCACAUGUUAAACAUUCUGAAAUGGAUAAAAAGCUAAUCAGAGAAGAUAAAAAGAAAGCUGGAAAGAAAGAUAAAAUUCUGAUUGUCUGUCCUGAGUGCCAAGGACUUAACAAAGAGUAUAUGUCUUGGUGCACAAAAUGUGGGGAAAUGAUAAUUGGGGUUGAACCAGUGUUGGUUAGCAAAAAUAGGGAAGGUAAAAUACGAACAAAACCUCUUAAUAAGGAUGAAAUUAUAGUAAGUGAAGAAAUCCGAAUUAAAAAUCCUGAAUUGAAAGAAAUUGAUACCAAAUUAGUAACCCAUGCUCAUGAAGUUAACUAUGUGCAAGAAUUAGAUGAAAAACCAUUCACUCUUAACCUUGAAGGUAUUAAAUCUGAUAAAGAAGAACAUCUUGAAGUCUUUGAAAAUAAGAAAGUUUCUCCAAUAAAAUCAGAUGGAAGAGACAGUGGACGGCCUUCCAGUGAUGAUCCAGAUUUGGAAUUACAAACACAGAAAAUUGAAGAAGAAGUUGUAAAUGAUAUUUGUGCUUCGAUCUCUGACCCAGUAUUAAAAGGUUAUGUGAAAUCUCAUUUUAGUAAAUCAAAGUCAUGGCAAGAUAAUGAAGGGAAAGUUGGCAAAACAGAGUUAGACGAUGACAUUGAUAGUUUGGUUAACACUACUGACACAAAAAACUUGAAGAACAUUGAAAAUGGUACACAUCAUGAUGUUGUUAAUAUUGUUUUUGAUACUAAAGAUAUUUACAAUAAAGAUGAUCUAGCAGAAGUCGAUACUAGACAUACAAAAUCUGAAUUAAUAGGCAGGCACGGAAGUGAAGAGGACUACAACCCAGCUAAAUAUGAAACACAUAAUGCUCAUGACAAUGUUAAAGCUAAAAUUGCAAUGUUUAAUCAGAAUAUGUUUGAAGAUGAUAUAGAAAAAAGUCAUUUACACAAAUUCAAAAACCAUGGAAGUUUUAGUCAUCAUGAAUAUGAGGAGAGAGUACUAUCUGAGCCUCCGCCUCUUCCAAACUUUAGUGCAACUCUUCCUGUAUCUCAUAAUGAACUCUCCUUGAAGUUACCUGCAAACUCUUUGGACUAUUCCACAGAUGUGUCACAAGUUGUUUCUAAUAACUUUGAAAAUAUUCAUAAAGUUACUGAAAAGGGAGAUAAUGUUGUUGAAGAGGAAGAGGAGACUGCUGAAGAAAAAGAACGUAAGAAAGCAGAGAGAAGACAGGAAAGGAGAAAUAAGAGGGGUCAUGGUGCAAUUGAUGUGGAAGUGUUUGGAUAUGAAGAAAGCAGAGAAAGUAGAAACUCAAGUCGGGCAAAUAGAAUGGUACCUCUGCUUAAUCUAGCAGGCAACAGUAGUGAUGAAGACGACAGUGUCCACUCAGAUUUCAAACCAGUCAAACCAGAUUUUAAACAGGAAGUGAAGCAGAAAUCUGGUUCCAUGAUACAACUCAAAGCAUCAGUCAGUGCAUGGGGACCAGCUGUCAUCCAGGAAGAACCUCAUGAAGCUGAAGAGUCAGUGUCAUGGCAACAGCCAUUCAGAGAAGAGAACAUAAAUUUAGACAAAAGCUCAUUCCCUUGGAAACAAACACCUGCAUCUUUAACUUAUGAGCUUCAAAAUCCCGUUGAACAAGUUAACCUGCAAGCAAAUACUGCAAAUAACGUCAGUAUAAAAGAAGAUAGUGCAAGGUCUCCAGAAAUUGCCAGCCCAGAUAUUGUGCAGGAAGUACAUGUACCUAAACUGGAUGUACAUAGAACUGAGCCGGCACAUGUUAAUAUGGAGGACAGUGAUGAAUGGAAACACCUGUUUGAUCCAAAUAUAGAAAUACAGCAGGAAGAACAGGAACCAGGUGAAGUUGCAGAAGAUGAAGCUGUAGAGGGGAACCAGCCAUUUCUAAUGCAGCUUAUCAACCAACCAAAACCUCAGAAAUCCAAGAAGAAACCAAAAUCUGCAAGAGGGAAACCAGUCAAAUCUAAAGUGAGACAGUCUAUAGAAGAACCCGGGUACCAGCGCAAAUGGAACCGCUCCAGUACAGCCUGGUCAUCAUACAAUCAAGGAGAACUUAAUACAAGCUCAAGUUUGAGAUCAAGUUCGGAACUGACAAAAUCAAGACCUUCAAGUGCCCCAAAAUCACGUUUUUACGGAAGCAAAGAUACCAGAGCAUCUUUUAACCAUGAUUUGCAAACAUCUGCUGAGCAAGACUCAUCAGCGCGAGGUUUUCUGGGACAAAAUAGAAGACCAGUCAGUGCUCCAAAGUCUCGUGCUAAUAGCAGUAGCGUGCAAGCAUCUAUAAAUAUUGACGAAGAAGCGUCUUUAAACCAAGAUGUUAGAGGAAUUUCCCCAACUAGAAGUUUGCCAAAAAAGAACACAAGACCAGUCAGUGCUCCAAAGUCACGAAUGCAUUCCAGUGACCUGCAAGCUUCUGUUAGCACUGAUGGUUUAGACAUCAUGGGAAGGCAAAGUGUGCAAGCUGCUGUGCCUAAGACUCGCAUUGAAAGCAUUGAUAUGCAAGACUCUGUGAUAAAUAAUGAUAACAAAGCUUCUGAAGAUCCAGAUGAUCAUUCACCUCAGCUUGAAGACCAUGUUGAACAAACAUCUUCACCUCCAGGAGCUGCCUCUGGAAAGAAAACUAGGCCAUUCAGUGCUGAUCUGCAAAAACGCAAAACUCAGAAAAAGAAGAACAAGAAAGGUGGUGAUAUUGACUUUGACCUUGAACUUGACCUUAUCAGUGAGAUGGUGGAACAUCGCCUGCCAAAACCAAGUGCAAUUGAUAGACUUACAGUGAAAUCACCAGAAUCAGCAGACCCUGAGCACAUGGCAUCGCCAAGAUCAACAUAUGACAAAUACAUUGAAAUGACACCACGUAUACAGGCUGGUACUGUAUCAAGGUGGCAGUGUUUACCAGACGAGAUUCUCAUACAUGUCUUCUCGUACCUGGAUCAGUCUUCAUUGACAAAAUGUGCUCAAGUUUGUCAACAAUAUUACAGAGUCGCCAUGGAUGAAACUUUAUGGAAAUACAUCACAAUAAAGAAGAAUGACAUAGAAGACAGUUGUUUAGAGGAGAUAGCUAGACGGCAUCCUGUCAGUCUCGCCCUGAUACAGUGUCAGGGUGAGCGGGUCACCGCCCGGGCGCUCAGGGAUCUCUUCAGAGAAUGUGCUCAAUCUCUCAGGGAGUUGAAUAUAUCACGUUGUAGUCGAGGAGCUCUGAAUGGUGAUAGUUUGUUACUUCAUGCCGCGGCACGAUGUCACAAUCUGACACAUGUUGAUGCUAGCUGGUGUAGUCUGACUGACAGUGGUCUCAUGGCAAUCUCUAACAGCUGUUACAGACUUGAGAGCUUGUGUAUCAAUGGUUGUAGUGCAAUCAGUAAUGAUGGACUUGAGACUGUGAUGAAGAAACAUGGCUGUCACCUCCGUGUCCUUGAGAUGUUUGGAUGCUUCAAUCUAUCUCCUAGAGGACUUAGAUCAGUCGCUAACAACUGUAUUAACCUCCUAACCCUCAGUCUAGGACAGUGCUAUAAGUUGACAGACUCAUGUAUAUCACAACUAUCUACAAGUCUGGGUCGUGUAGAGUCGCUGGACUUGAGGGGAUGUAAACAGAUCAAAGAUAACUGUAUGAGACGAGUAGUGAAGAACUGUGGAAGGCUCAAACAUCUGUCCCUGGCCAACUGUCCAAAUAUCACUGAUGUAUCCAUACUGGAAAUCUCUACCUACCUCACCGAUAUAAGGAGUAUAGAUCUGUGUGGUUGUAAGAAUAUAACAGAUGGAAGUAUUCGGGCAUUGGUUAACACCUGUACAAACCUUAGACAUAUAGAUAUAAGCUCAACAAAUUGUACUCAUAGAAGUGUGUCAAUGAUCGCUAACUUCAGCGGACAGAGAUUGGAGACACUGAAGAUCAACUUCCUGUCAGAUGUCACAGAGCAGUCGCUUAUUAAACUGGCAAGACAUUGUCGCCGCUUGCAGUCUGUUCACAUGUAUGGCUGCACAAGUGUUAGAAAUAUUGACAAAGUUAAAGAGGAAAGACCUUCUUUCACAAUUGAAAUGUAAACAAAAAUCUACUGGAAAAUGAGCAAAUUUUGAGUGCUGACUUACUAUAAAGUAUGAGGAUGAUGAAAAAUUAUUGAGAAAAAAAUGUUUUUCAUUUGUUAAUAUCAUUAUGAUAAGGGAGUUUGUUACAGUGAAAGUCAUAGUUCAGGGUAUUCAUCUGGAACACAUAGAAUCUAACUGGGUUCAGGUAUAUGGAAAUGUAAAACACGACACAAAUAAAUGGCAACUUACGCCCAAAUUGACAAAUCUGGCAACACUACUAUCUUUGAUAAAUAUAACAACAAAUUAUAUUUAAUGUAUAAUAACCUUACAUAAUCAUAUGAUAGAAAAUAGUUAAAACUAGAACUGAAAAGUUCAUUAAAGUCUACAUUGUAGGAUUUUACUAUACACAAAAACGUUAUCAAAAUGUGAUUAUCCUACAGUAUACUCUUAUUGAAUGGCUAUAUAUAUUGGAGACAUUUGUGAAAUGGGUUCUUUAAUUCUUAAAAAAGUCGCCAUAUUACCUAUACUUGUGUGGAUGCAACCCAACAACAACAACAAAAUAAAAUAAUUCUUACAACUUUGGCAGUCUAUUUCUUGUUUAAAAGUAGUUUGCUAGGUUAAGAAAUACAUUUGAGUAAGAUGUAAUAAAAGUGUGACCAUGAUUUAUCUGAGUUUUCUAGGAAUUGUUUCUUUACCAAGUGAUACUAGACAUGUCGGGCCAACCUGUUAUGAAGAAUUUACUUUUUUUUUUACAGAGUUUUAUUCUACUGUCAAUGAUCAUUGUUAAAGUUUUGGCAGUAGCCCAUUUAGGCUAUAUAUUAAAGCCUAAAUUUUGUGAAAAAGAACCAAAUUUCCAGUGGCUAGUAGUUAAUAUUGUUUUUUCUUAAAUGUUUAGUCUGCAUUUAAAGGGAAUAACCCACACAUUUUAGGCCAAAAGAAAUUUCUCUCAAAAAUCCAUAAAAACUGAGUACUCUAUAAGUGACUAGUGGAACAAUUUUAUUGUCAUAAGAUUUUUGCAACAUAUUCUUAUAAAUAUCCAAAUAUAUUGUGCAGGAGAUAGUAAACCAUUGCAAUGCUUUUGAAAUAAUACUGAAACUUUACAUACUUCUUGCAUUUUACAAAUAUCUAAUUUUUAUUUUCACCCACUUCAUCAUUUUUCAGUGUCAUGUGUACUAAAAUUUUACCCAAACUGGGGGCGAGUAGCUUUAAAGCAGCAUAACUCAUUUACAUAACUUAGUUAUAGACUGAAGUAUAAUAACUUGACAGUUGGAUAAUUAUUUUUUCUGAAAAGAGUGCGCAUGAAAAUUAAUAAUCUUGGACAUCCAGAGUAAAUGUGAAACUAGCUUUCAUAUCCAGACUAAAUGUGAAACUAUGAUUUAAUAUUUUAAUCUUGUGUUUUAUCUAUCCAGUACUUGUUACUUAAAUUGUGUGUGUAACUGCCUGAACUAAAGAAUGAUGGAAACGAUGUAUUUAUAUGAUCAAAAUGAUGUAUUUAUAUUUAUAGAUUAAUUUACCCAUGAAACGAGAAAUUUUAUUGUAGCAAUAUUUUAUAAACAGGACAAAUGUAGACAGCUGUUUUAUCAGAUGACUAUGUCAGUGCUUCCUGUGACAAGAUUUUACUAGAAAGUAGAAUGAUUAACCCUUAACCUGCUGGAGGCAAGUGAUUUGCCUUUGCAACCUUACUGCAGACCAAGAUCAGCCUGCACAUCCAUGUUAGCUGUUUAGUCAGUAAAUUUUCAGUGAACACCCCUUUGAGUAAUAAGUGAUGCUGCCCAAAUUGAAUGAUGGACCAGUCCAUUUUAGAAAUUUAGCAGGGUAAAGGUUAAUUAAUAGUGCUGAGAGUUGCUGUUUAUUUUGCAUUUAUUGUCAAGUUUGCUGUUUGAUUAGAUUCCGUCCAGUAUUAUCAUUUCCAUUGUUUUUCUGUGAUAGAUUCCAUUUAGGGUAUUUAGUGGUUUAUUGUAAUUCAUUUUGCAACAUUGUUUUAUUUUUCUUUAGCAAUGAUUUUUUUAAUGCUUAUUUGAUCAAACCUUAGGUUGAUAGGGUGGUAGUGGCUUCUUAUUAAGAAAAUUAACUUCUAACUUAUCUUAAUAGCACUGACCUCCAGAUGGUACAACAAUAUUGAGUAAUAAAAAGAACAUUUUUAGAUAUCAGGAAACUAUUGCCAUUUUUCUUAAGAACCUAGGCUUUAAAACAUAGCUACUGACUGAUUAUAUGUUCUGGAAAUACAGGAGAAUUAGUUGUUUUUACUAACUUUUUCAUUCAGAAUUGAAAAGCAUUUGCAACGGAGGUAAAUUGCCUUAAUUAUAGAGCUUUAUGUUUAACAAUCAUUAUGUACAUAUUCCUAAAUGGUGUGUUGGUCAAGAAGGUAGGAAAAUUUUUCUUGCUGAGGCGGUCCGUGUUCGAUUUCCAACUUUGAAUUUCUUUUUUCUUGAUUUCGCAUUUUGUAAGAUUGUUCAGAAAUAAAAAGUCAUGUUCUAAUGUUCAUAAUAUGACCAAACUUUAAUUUAGAAAAAGAUCAUAUUCAGCCACAAUCUGGAGUCCAGUCCCUUUAAUUUAUUGAUUGCCCCAUGUGGUUCUGGGACGAUCUGUGUAUGAAAAGAAUUGGAACCACUGCCUUACCCUUACAUGAUUGUAAGAGGCGACUAAUAGGGUCUUAACACUUGGUUUUGCUGUAACUGUGAUUCCAACAGGUAUGCAAAUUUUGAUUCCAUACCUCAUGUUUUUAUUUCGAUGUAAAUGAGAUGUGAAACCAAAAUUUGUAGUCCUGUUUGGUGCCAUAUAACCUAUACUGUGUUGGUGCGCCUUAAAACCCAAAUAAAUAAAUAAAUAAAUUUAUUGAUUGCCUUUUGAAUAUAUAUAUAUAUGCUUAUGCAGGUAUAGCCAGAAAGUGUCAACAUCCUGGGAACUUAUGCAGAGAGUGAGAGCACUUCAAUUGCAUGCAUGUUUUUUACAAAUAUGUUCUCCACCUUUUGAUAUAAUUAUGUUGUACGCUAUUUUAGUUAGGUGAAUGCUAUAUUGAUUGUCCGGAAAAAAACAUGUUUGAUCUGCUCAAAUUAAUAUAUUUCAACGUACUACACAUAUGUAUCAUGUUGGCUUUGCUGUGGAAUUGUGUAUAACUGUUGCAAUGAACUGUGUUUUUGACUGCUACAAUGAACUGUGUUCAUAAUUUGUUAAUGCAUUUACUUUGUACUAGUAUAUGUUGUUGUUUUGUGUCAGUUCAUUCUGUCAUGUACAUCUAACUGCGUUUAAAGCUGUACCUUCAAUGAAAUUCAACACGAGAUUGGAACUUAGUCAUGAGUGUUUGAGUGGUUAUAGCUAAGUGAAUUGCUCAAAUUUUCAAUGGAUAACACACCAAUGUCAACUCCUUUAUUUAAUAGGAGCUAGGACAGUUUUUGUCAUUUCCGUCUGUUAUUUCAGAUGCAAUAGUUUGUGCUAUAUUGUUGUUGCUAUCUUGAUACAUUUUCAGAGAGAAAAUUGUCUUUCUUGACAAAAAAGUAUUUGCAAAUUUUAUUUUAUCCCAGUACAUACUAUAAAAACAAGUACCGGUAUGUUUUUAGCUCACCUGUCACAAAGUGACAAGGUGAGCUUUUGUGAUUGCGCGGUGUCCGUCGUCCGUGCAUGCGUGCGUGCGUCCGUAAACUUUUGCUUGUGACCACUCUAGAGGUCACAUUUUUCAUGGGAUCUUUAUGAAAGUUGGUCAGUAUGUUCAUCUUGAUGAUAUCUAGGUCAAGUUCGAAACUGUGUCACAUGCCGUCAAAAACUAGGUCAGUAGGUCUAAAAAUAGAAAAACCUUGUGACCUCUCUAGAGAUCAUAUAUUUCACAAGAUCUUCAUGAAAAUUGGUCAGAAUGUUCACCUUGAUAAUAUCUAGGUCAAGUUGGAAACUGGGUCACGUGCCAUCAAAAACUAGAUCAGUAGGUUUAAAAAUAGAAAAACCUUGUGACCUCUCUAGAGGCUAUAUAUUUCACAAGAUCUUCAUGAAAAUUGGUCAAUACGUUCACCUUGAUGAUAUCUAGGUCAAGUCCGAAACUGUGUCUCGUGCCUUCAAAAACUAGGUCAGUAGGUCAAAUAAUAGAAAAACUUGUGAUCUCUCUAGAGGCCAUAUUUUUCAUGGGAUCUGUAUGAAAGUUGGUCUGAAUGUUCAUCUUGAUGAUAUCUAGGUCAAGUUCGAAAGUGGGUCACGUGUCAUCAAAAACUAGGUCAGUAGGUCAAAUAAUAGAAAAACCUUGUGACCUCUCUAAAGGCCAUAUUUUUCAUGGGAUCUGUAUGAAAAUUGGUCUGAAUGUUCAUCUUGAUGAUAUCUGGGUGAAGUCCGAAACAGGGUCAUGUGCGGUCAAAAACUAGGUCAAUAGGUCUAAAAAUAGAAAAACCUUGUGACCGCUCUAGAGGCCAUACUUGUGAAUGAUCUCCAUAAAAAUUGGUCAGAAUGUUCACCUUAAUGAUAUCUAGGUCAAGUUUGAAACAGGGUCACAUGCAGUCAAAAACUAGGUCAGUAGGUCAAAUAAUAGAAAAACCUUGUGACCUCUCUAGAGGCCAUACUUUUCAUGGGAUCUGUAUGAAAGUUCGUCUGAAUGUUCAUCUUGAUGAUAUCUAGGUCAAGUUUGAAACUGGGUCAACUGUGGUCAAAAACUAGGUCAGUAGAUUUAAAAUUAUUAAAAUCUUUUGACCUCUCUAGAGGCCAUAUUUUUCAAUGGAUCUUCAUGAAAAUUGAUCUGAAUGUUCACCUUGAUGAUAUCUAGGUCAGUUUCAAAACUGGGUCAUGUGCGGUCAAAAACUAGGCCAGUAGAUAUAAAAAUAGAAAAUUUAGAAAUUAGUGAGAAUGUUCACCUUGGUGAUAUCUAGGUAAAGUUCAAAACAGGGUCAUGUACCUUUGAAAACUAGGUCAAUAGGUCAAAUAAUAGAAAAACUUUGUGACCAGAUUUUUCAAUGGAUCUUCAUGAAAAUUGGUCAAAAUUUUUAUCUUGAUAAUAUCUAGGUCAAGUUCAAAACUGGGUCACAUGAGCUCAAAAACCAGGUCACUAUGUCAAAUAAUAGAAAAAACGAUGUCGUACUCAAAUCUGGGUCAUGUGGGAAGAGGUGAGCGAUUCAGGACCAUCAUUGUCCUCUUGUUUUAAAUAUUUGACUUUAUGGCCUUUAUCAAGAUUUGAAAUACAUUAUAUAGUUAUGUUACAUCCAUUUUUCAAAUAAUAUAGCUUUUGUAAUAACCCUUUUUGUCUGCAUCAGCGUCCAAGUCACAAAAGUUUUGCAUGUAAGUAGAUUUUUAAAAAACUACACGGCCAAUUUCUUUCAUACUUCAUAUAUUUCUUUGGCGUUAUUAGUUGACCACCCAUGACAAGUUAUACAAACUUAGACUUCCUGGUUCAAGUUGUACAUGUAAGCAGGAUUCUCAUAAACUAUAUGGCCAAAUGUCUUCAAACAUCACACAUAUUUUUAGCAUCUUGAGAUGACCUCAUGGGUUUAGAUCUAUAACUCUAGCUUUUAUUUUGCCCCUUUUCAUUGUAGAAAAUUUGCUUAAAGUUUCGCAUGUAAGCAUGUUUCUCAGGAAUUACACUCACCGGAUGUUUUCAGAUUCUCCACAAUGUCUUUGGCGUCAUGGAAUGACCUCACAUGGCAAGGUUCAUAAGUCAGGCUUACAUUUUGGAAAAGGAAUGUUAUAAAAUGUUUCUAAAACUUUUGGAAUUAAGCUGCUGUUAGGUGGAAGGGCCCCAGAUAGUCGGGAGCACUGUCAUUAGACAGCUCUUGUUAUGUAUGCUGUUACAAGGUAUGAAAACACUAAAUGUUAUUGUUUCAAUGAUUUAGUCAUGACUCAAUGUAGCUUUUCAAUAUUUUGUUACAUUUAUUUGCCUGAGAGCAGAAAGUUUUGUUUUAUGGAUAUUUUAGAUAUUAUUUAAGUGGAACAAAAAUGAUAGAGAAGAUUUCUUUGAAGGUGACAUUGAAAACAAUUAGCUUGUUUGACACCAUUUUGUGGUAUAAAGGAAAAAUACUGUAUGAAGGAAACAAAGAAAUGCUUACCUCACUAUUCUUUUUUUCUUCACAAUUUACCUCAUUAUAUCAAAAGAUCUGCUAUAAAAAAUAUAUAUCAACUUUUCAUAUUUUUCUUUAUGUUAAUGUGUUUCUGCUCUAUGUGACCUUUACUUAAGCAAAGGGAGUUAAUUUUAUUUUUGUGUUAUGUCAUCAUCAGUGGCUUUGCAUAUAGAGUGGAAGUGUAAGGCGCAACGCGGCACUCUAAACUUUUUUUUCAACUUACAUUGUAAAAGUGUUUAAACUAAACAAAUGAAAUUUAUAACAUUAAUAAGAUAGAUUUGUCUAUUUUUGGCUUAAUACUCAAUUUCGAAUUGAAAAUCAGUUUUUUUUAUACAGAUGACUAUAUAGUUUAUCUUUAUAUGUAAAUUUACCAGAAAUCAAUUCAUUAUGCAGUACAUAGUGAAAAAAACAACAACCAGUUUUGAAAGCAGGUUAACUUUGUUUUCUAUAGUUGGCAUCAAGGGUUGUUCAUAUACUGGUACACUGGAUAUAACACGAAAAUAACAGUAAAAGUAUACUGUUUGAUGUACAUUUUCCAUUUUUAAAAAUUGAUCAGGAUGACAUGUUUCUGGAGAAGAUGGCUACACACAAUUCUUUUUAUUAUUUCUUUGAUGUUAGUGUCUUUUGAUAUUUCUAUACAAUAUUUAAAGGUAAUUAGCUUUGUAUCGGGAAAUAUGCACGAGUUCUGCAGCGGAAAUAUUGUGUGACUUGGGGAGCGCAGUAUUUUUCCGCUAAAGAACGAGUGCAAAUUUCUUCAUGCAAAGCUUAUAAUCUUUUCGUUAUAUAUGUAUCUACACAUAUCAAUAUUAUAUGAAUGUUAUGAAUUUGUUCAAUGGCCGGUAUAAAAUUGACAAACUGACGUAAAUAAAAAUAAUUUAUGCAGCAACACACAUUUAAAUGACGUCACACACCCAAAUGUCAGUAUGGAAAAAUGUUGACAUUUCCGGUUCCGUGGUAACACAUAACAGAAUACAAUUUUUUUUUUUUAAAGUAGAAGUUUAAUUUAUCUAUAUGACCAGUUAAGGUCAAGGAAAGAUAAUAGAGUAAAGAUCUUUACCAAGAGUCAUUUAAAUAAAGAAACAUAUUCUUCCACACGCCAAAGUACCUCACUUGUUGUAAAAGAUUUGUUAUCUAGAUUAUUGUAUAUGUACCAGUAUUGUACAUGUGUGAUAUCUUAUUCAUUGUACAUGUGUGAUAUCUUAUUCAUUGUACAUGUGUGAUAUCUUGUUCAUUGUACAUGUGUGAUAUCUUAUUCAUUGUACAUGUGUGAUAUCUUGUUCAUUGUACAUGUGUGAUAUCUUGUUCAUUGUACAUGCAUGAUAUCUUAUUCAUUGUACAUGCAUGAUAUCUUGUUCAUUGUAUAUGUGUGAUAUCUUGUUCAUUGUACAUAUGUGAUAUCUUAUUCAUUGUACAUGUGUGAUAUCUUGUUCAUUGUACAUGUGUGAUAUCUUAUUCAUUGUACAUGUGUGAUAUCUUGUUCAUUGUACAUGUGUGAUAUCUUAUUCAUUGUACAUGUGUGAUAUCUUGUUCAUUGUACAUAUGUGAUAUCCUGAUUAUUGUACACUUGUGAUAUCUAGAUAAUUGAACAUGUUUGAUAUCUAGAUUAUUGUAAAUGUACCAGUAUUGUUCAUAAAUAAUGUUUUCAACUAUGCAAUGUUUUCACUUAGUGAUAUUGUUGAUCUGUUUUUGUAUUUUUCUAGAUGUGUUUGUUAUUGUUUGAGAAAUGUUUAUUGUUGUUUUUGCCUUUAAUGUGAUCUUUGUAGAUUUGUAUAUACAUGCUUUAUUUAUUUACCUGAAAAAAUCAAUUGUUAAGCAUAAUAAUAGCAACAUUUAAAAAAAAAAAAGAACAGUUCCUUAACUGUUCCUGGGUUCAUCACUGUGGUGUUGAAUUUUGUGUUGGAUGGUAUGACAGGAUUAAUAAUAUACGAGGGUUGAUCCAAAAGUAAUGUCAAUGGAGCCAUAAAAAUGUGUAUAAUGAAAUGAAAACAACAUAAAUUCCCGCUCAAGUACCUUGAUCUAUUUGUAAUAUUUUUUGAAAAUGUCACAAAAAAUUGUUGCUUAAUUAUCAAGAUAUCGACAUGCACAGAAAGCAUGGUAACGAAGAUCGCCGCACGUCAAUGACAUUAUUGACGUCAGAAAUUCAUAUGUGGACAAUAAGCAAUAACAGGUCUUAGCAUUACAUAAUGCACUUUAAUCUGCGGGGAUGCCACUAUAGUUUUCACGGUUGAAUGUUGAAAGUCGCAAUAACACAUCAUUAUAAUUUCAUAUCAAUAGGUGUAUUGUUUUGAUAUCAGUUAGUGAUUGUCUUAAACAAAAAUGUUUUUUUAAUUGCAAUUUUGAUAGAAUUGUCAUUUUGCUUAAGGUGAAAUGUCGUGAGGGAUGAACUUUGAAGUUCUAUAUUUUGAAAACUAAAAAUAUUUAUCCAUGUAAUCGUGGUUGAAUUAGCUUACAUUUUGAUCAAGUUUGUAUAAUAAUGCAACGUUGAAUAAAUAUGCAAUGGACGAAGUAAGAUUACUUCUGGAUAAACCUUCAUAAAAAUCUCAUGUUUUAUUUUACAUCCGUUAACAUUUUUUGCUUAAACAGUAUGUGUCAGCAGUAAAGAAGAAAAGCAAUUUUUUUGUGAAGUUUAAAAUAUUUUUCAAAACAUUUAUAGCAUAUCAGGAGUCAUUUUUAUUUUACAUGCAAACUGCUUCUUGAAAAUUUUGAAUUUUUGUCAUAUUUUUAUUUACAUGUAUGCUUGUAGGAAUAAAGGGAUUUAAUUUGUCUCCUGAACUAGUUUAUAGUAGGAACUAAUACAUUGGCUGUAAUUUAAGAUGGAUCAUUAUAAAACUUAUAAUUUAGUUUUACACACUUCUUGUUGACUAUUCUCCAGUCUUGUAAAGAAUGAUGGCUAAGCCAUGUUCUUAUGUUUUAUUGUCACAAAUAAUCUGAUGAUGUUACUGCAGAUUAAAGUCUUUGAUGAAAAUUAUACAGUAGUUUAACUUAAAUCAUGACUGAAAAUAAUGUGUGAACCUGUCAGUACACAAGUAUUUCUCUCUUUUUUUGCUGUUCAAAUAUGAACACUUCAUUUACCAAUAAAAUCUUUUAAAGUCUUAA